GAAAAUAAUGCGAGAAAGUUUGAAAGGAAAGGAGGGAGAUAUCGAUUCGUUAUGGUUGUAGAGGAACGGACUGGAAGAUGUAGAGAAAUUGUAGGGUAGUUAUGGAAUUUCGGGGGGGGUACGACUUUAUCGAAGAAUAUAUUAUUGAAAUGUGAAAUACUAAUUAAAUAGUGGAGAAUACAGAACAAUUAAUUGCACACAAAUAAUUGAUAAACACUUUGAAUGAGGUGGUCGGGCAUGGCAGCUGUUCAGAUCACACAUCGCAGGGAAAGCAUACAACACGUAACACACAUGAUAGAGCGUCACCAUGAUGGAUGCACAAUGUACAGUAGGUGGCGGUAUGUGCUUAUGACACCAACCCGCCAAAAGAAGAAGAAGAAAUUCGUAAUAUUCAUUUAAUAUUCUACCAGUAGAUGGCGACAGCGCUACAGCCAAAUUCAACCCAGCAACCUCGAAGAAGAGAUUGUUUUUCUUUAGCGUUCCAACAACACUUUCUGCAUCAAAACUGUGCUCUAAGCUGACUGUAACCAUUUAAAUGCUUAAAACCUAAACACGAUGGACGAAAAGGCGGGUGAUGGGUCAGAGGCAGCGGCGGGCGCUUCGUCAUGCUUGGGUGCCAGCGGAGGAGGAUCCCGUUUGGACUCACAGCUCCAGGAGGCUGUUCGGUUUAAGACAGUGGGGAACUCGUUCUACCGGGAGAAAAACGUGCGCGCCGCCAUUGGACGUUAUCACCGUGCUUUACUCGUUCUCCGUGGCCUGGACUCAGAAGUGAACUCCGCUCUGCAGGGGUUUGGCGCUCAGACUCCUAAACUGAGUCCAGAGCAGGAGGACCUGCUGAGAUGCACUCAAGUAGACUGCUAUAACAAUUUAGCAGCAUGUUUGCUCCAGCGAGAGGUGGUAGACUAUGCUCGUGUGCUGGAGUAUAGUCUGAAAGUGCUUCAUUGGAGGACAGGUGACAUUAAGGCCCUGUACAGAGCUGGAGUGGCUUCUUUGGAACUUGGAGAUGUUCAGACUGCUCGACAGUACCUUAUACAAGCCAGCAGAGGGACACCUAAUGAUGCCAAUAUAAAGAAACAGCUGCAAAGAGUGGAGGAGAGACUCGGCAUAGACUACCAGAAAGAGAAGGCACUCUAUAAAGGCAUGUUCAGUAAACAGAAACAGGGGGAAGAGCAAUUGGCAAAGGAGAAGACCCGGAAACCGGUCUUAAUGAACUAAUAAUAUAUGAAUAAGCAGGCUCAGACGUAAAAAUUAUAUAAACUUAAAAGGAAUUGUGCUCCUUUGGAAGUUUUGUCUUGGGGCAUGGAAAAUUAACAGCAUUUUGUGGGACUAAAGUUCCCAUGCCAGGACUGAAUGUGCAGCUGGAAUCUGGUGCAACGUUGAAGCUUGAAAGAGAACUUUAAUGCACUUAAAAUGCAUCUUAGUCUAUUGAUUGGUAUUGUAUGACUAACCUGCUGUCAAGCUGUUUGUUUUACAUCCGUUUUCUUCCAUGUGUUGGUGUUUUUUUUUUUUUCUUCCCCCAAAUGAAGUUGUCUUUUUUCUUUUCUUUAUUUAUCCUA